AUGGCUAUUCAUAAAAUUCAUGCACGUCAAAUUUUUGAUUCCCGUGGUGUUUUUCGUGCAGCUGUUCCUUCAGGUGCUUCCACUGGUAUUCAUGAAGCUUUAGAACUACGUGAUGGAGUUAAAUCUGAUUACGUUGGUAAAGGUGUAUCAAAGGCUGUUGCAAAUGUGAAUCAGAUAAUUGCACCUGAGCUUAUAAAAGCCAAUUUAGAUGUUAAAGAUCAAAAGGCUAUUGAUGAAUUUAUGUUGAACUUGGAUGGUACUAAGAAUAAAUCAAAACUUGGUGCUAAUGCAAUUCUUGGUGUUUCAUUAGCUGUUGCAAAAGCUGGUGCUGCUGAAAAGGGAGUGCCACUUUAUCAACAUAUUGCAGAUCUUGCUGAAAGUAAAAAACCAUUUGUUCUUCCCGUUCCGGCUUUUAAUGUAAUCAAUGGCGGAUCUCACGCUGGUAAUAAACUUGCUAUGCAAGAAUUUAUGAUAUUGCCAACUGGAGCAAAAUCAUUUUCAGAAGCCAUGAAAAUCGGUUCAGAAGUGUAUCACUCUUUGAAAUCAGUCAUCAAAGCCAAAUAUGGUCAAGAUGCUACUAAUGUUGGUGAUGAAGGUGGAUUUGCACCUAAUAUUCAAGAUAAUAGAGAAGGUCUUGAAUUAUUAAAAGAGGCUAUUGGAAAGGCAGGGUAUACUGAUAAAAUUAAAAUAGGAAUGGACGUUGCAGCUUCUGAAUUCUAUAAAGAUAAUGGUCAUUACGACCUUGAUUUUAAGAAUCAAAAUUCUGAUAAAUCUAAAUGGCUCAAGGGUAAUAAGCUUGCCGAUUUAUACAAAGAGUUUAUCAAAGAGUAUCCAAUAGUUUCCAUUGAGGAUCCAUUUGAUCAAGAUGAUUGGGAGGCAUGGAGUAAUUUAACUGGAUCUGUUGAUAUUCAAAUCGUCGGUGAUGAUUUAACAGUCACUAAUCCUGAAAGAAUUACUACAGCUAUUGAAAAGAAAGCUUGUAAUGCACUUCUUUUAAAAGUUAACCAAAUUGGCACAGUAAAGAGGUCAAAUUUUGCACAUAUAUUCACAAGAACUUAA